AUGGGAUGCCCCCGCUUCUGGGCACAAGCCCCGAGCCUCCUGCUGCCGCCGCUGCUGCCGCUGCUGCUCCAGGGCCUUGGAGCGUGGGCACAAGGCUGCGGCUACCGGCCCCACUUCGACGGGCCUCACCCCUCCCUGGUGGGGGUCUCCCGCAUCGUGGGCGGCUCGAAGGCACCCCCUGGGAAAUGGCCCUGGGUGGUCAGCAUCCAGAGCAGCAUGUUCCACUUCUGCGGGGGAUCCAUCGUGCACCCCUGGUGGGUGCUCUCGGCGGCACACUGCUUCACCGACAGGAGGAGCGGCAUCAAGAUCGCGGCGGGGAGCAGCUUCCUGGGGCGGAACAACGUGACGCGCUGGGUGCGGAAGAUCCACACGCACCCGCAGUACAACCCGCGCACCUACGACCACGACAUCGCGCUCCUGCUGCUGCAGCGGCCCGUCCCCUACAGCCCCUACCACAGCGCCCUCUGCCUGCCCGACCACGCCGUGGUCCCCGACGAGAACAUGUGGGAGAGCUGCUCCGUGGCCGGCUGGGGGCUCACGCAGCCCGGGGCGAGCCGCGGCUCCUACGCGCUGCUGGACGUCCAGGUGGGCAUCGUGGACUGGGCGCUGUGCCAGGCGUGGCUGCACUCCGUCACGCGGAACAUGGUCUGCGCGGGCUAUGAGCAGGGCGGCCGCGACGCCUGCCAGGGCGACAGCGGGGGCCCGCUGAUGUGCCGGCCCCCCAGCGGAGGCGCGCACCGCCGCUGGUACCAGGUCGGGGUGGUGAGCUGGGGCCGGAGCUGCGCGGCGCGGCGGAGCCCCGGCGUCUACACGCGCGUGGCCAACUACCGCUCGUGGCUGGAGCAGACGGCGGCGCACGAGGGGCGGCCCUUCCGCGUGCCGCAGUCGCCCCCCGGCCGCUCGCCGCUGCACAGGGAGCCCCCGGAGGCGGACGCCUCCCUCGGCCUCGACUGCGCGGCCGUCCCGCCGGCCCCGCGGGGUGCGCUGGGGGCGGCCGCCCUGGCCCUGGCCCUGCCCCGGCUGCUCCGCUGA